UUAUAGAUUUAAAAAGAGAGGCUGCAUUCUCAGACUGACACUUAUUCAACAGUGCUACCUUAAGCAGAUUACUUUUUUUUUUGCGCUGCCUCGCAGGGUCAAAACAGGCGCUUUCGUGUUGCCGCCGCUGCUGCUGCUGCUGCUGCUUCUCCUCCUCCUUCUUCUCCUCUUUCUCCUCUCUUUCCACUUUGCCUUCUUCCUCCAUCAUGUUUGGGAUGCUGAAAGAUCACCUCCAACCGGGCUUUUUUUGCUUCUUCGUGUGGUUCUGCCACCUCAUGGAGCAUCAGAAAGUUCAAGCUGGCAACUGCUGGUUGCAGCAGGGCAAGAACGGCCGCUGCCAGGUGCUCUACAUGCCCGGGAUGAGCAGGGAGGAGUGCUGCAGGAGCGGGAGACUGGGCACGUCGUGGACCGAAGAGGACGUGCCCAAUAGCACGCUGUUCAAGUGGAUGAUCUUCAACGGCGGAGCCCCCAAUUGCAUACCUUGCAAAGGUGGAGAGUCGUGCGAUAACGUGGACUGCGGACCGGGCAAGAGGUGCAAGAUGAACAGGAGGAGUAAGCCGCGAUGCGUUUGCGCGCCAGACUGCUCCAACGUCACGUGGAAGGGACCCGUGUGCGGCUCGGACGGGAAAACCUACAAGGACGAGUGCGCGCUGCUCAAGGCCAAAUGCAAAGCGCACCCCGACCUGGACGUGCAAUACCAGGGAAAAUGCAAAAAAACGUGCCGUGACGUGCUGUGCCCCGGAAGCUCCACCUGCGUGGUGGACCAGACCAACAACGCCUAUUGUGUGACGUGUAAUCGGAUCUGCCCCGAGGUGACGUCCCCCGAGCAGUACUUGUGCGGCAACGACGGCAUCGUAUACGCCAGCGCCUGCCACCUGAGGCGGGCCACCUGCCUCCUGGGCCGCUCCAUCGGGGUGGCCUACGAGGGCAAAUGCAUCAAGGCCAAGUCUUGCCAGGACAUCCAGUGCGGCGGCGGCAAGAAGUGUCUCUGGGACGCCCGCAUGAGCCGAGGACGCUGCUCUCUGUGCGAAGACACGUGUCCCGAGAGCCGGACGGACGAGGCGGUAUGCGCCAGCGACAACACCACCUACCCCAGCGAAUGCACCAUGAAGCAGGCCGCCUGCUCCGAGGGGGUGCUGCUGGAGGUCAAGCACUCGGGAUCUUGCAACUACACACCACCAAGCGCAGUUUUGGCAAGGAGAACGGACUCGGAAUGGAAUGGACUUGCAUGAUGUUGUCUUUUUGUUUUUGAACCCCGCCCCCUCCCCCUCCAUGUAAUUCCUCUGCAAAGUAUUGCAACAGAGAGACUAAUUCAGUACGAGUGAGGUGGGAGUUUGCAGUGGAGCAAUCGUCAUAUGUUCAUAUUCACAUGUAUGUGAUGAGUAUAUUUGCCUUAAAUCUCAUUCAAGCAUUGGAGCGAUUCCGUCACAAAGCAAGAUAGGGGUGGCCAUUUAGCUGGAACUCCUGUUUCCAUGCCAGCGUUGUACUGGGCAGAAUCAUUCUGCACACCAUUCAUCCGUUUGCUAGAGUGCUUGGCUUUCAUUGGUGUUCAGCUGGAGUCUAUCCCAGCUAACUUUGGGGCGAGCCGCCAGGUGCACAGAGGGCCUAUUCACCUAUUUGCCCUUUUUUUUUUUUCAAUAUGGGGUGAAGGGGAGCCAAAACCUGUUUUUUGUGAAAAAUUCAUAAUGGAGGUUCCUGAGUGGUUUUUUUUUUUUUAAUUUUAUCAUUUGGGUUUAAAAUGGGAGUCAAUUACACUGGUCAACAAAUUUUUUCUUUUUUUUUUUUGAGAUGCAAGUAAACUUUUAUAGACGGAUUUUUGCGCUGAUUUCAAAUGUGCCCUGGUGAAAAGUGCAUUGCGCAAGCUUUUGUAGGUCAAACAAAAAAAAUGAAAAUGUCUCAAAAAACCUGAUGUGUUGCAGGGAGUAGACAUUUUUGAAAUCAGCGUCCAGCAUACACAAAGCCACCGCACUAUUGAUUAAAAUUUGUUGUUGACCAGUGUUACACACAGAUGUUCACUUAUUCCUUUAUUGGCUCGGUCCCCUUCCGUCCACUGUACCUCGGACGAGUCGCAUUCACACUUGGACAAUUUUGACACGCAUGGUUUUUGGAAUGUGGGAGUGACUUUGUGGUCAGUUACAAUUGCGGCACACAAAUAGCAAAACGAUCAGUCACAUUUUCUCCCGUGGACAAUUUGGAGUCGUUCAUAAAGUGAACAUGCAUGAUUUUGGAAUCUAGAAUGACUUUGGGCGAGCAAACAUGGAGUGCACUCUAUUUUGUCACUACACAAGAUCAACAAGCAGUCAAGCCAUCAAUGUUUUUAUUUGUUUUAUUUUGCUAGUUGUAAAUUCACUCAAUCACCUUACUAGUGUAUUUGUGUGUUUUCUGUUGACUUUUUCUAUAAAUAUGUUUUCUUUUGGUCAGCUGUAAAUGAAUCAUUUCCGAUGUCUCUUGUGAAUAUGUCACGGACGCUUGAUGGCGAUUGUAACAUUGGUGUCGUGAUAGGUCAAGACGAACGGCCAAUUUGAACCUUGUAGACUAUUUAUCUAUCUGUGGAGCAGACAGCAUUUGUCGGGGAGGUGGUGGUGGUGGUAGUGGGGAGGGGGGUUGAGGGUGGCCGUGCUGGAGGUUAAGCGCUGUUGAAAUUGAGCAAGAGCCCUGAAGGAAGUAUCGCAUUUACAUUCCAUGUUACUCCACUCAAAAGAAUGUCUCAUUGUUAGGUUCCCGUGCUAUGACACCCGAGGGACCAACUUUACGAUCACCUCAUGGGCUGAAUAUUUCUCAAUGUGAUAUUUGACAUAGGAAGCUAACCCGUGUCCUCCUUUCACUGUAAAAGAAAAAGAAAAAAAAUCAUUGUCGUUGUUCUCCACUGAAUGUGAUAUAUCAUGUCUGAAUGUUUGGAUUGACAAGGGACUGCCUGUUUUUUUUUUCCGUUUUUUUUUUCUAAAUACUGUCACCCUUGCUUUGCUUUGUUUUUUGUAUUGUGUGUCCAAAAUGUAAAAAAAAAAAAAAAAAGUCAAAUACCUCAGAGUCGCGUUGCGGACGUUUAAGCUGCUUGCCGAGGCCCGACUUGUGACGCCUUCUCCGCUCUGCAACAUACAGAGAAGAAAAGCAUUUUUUUUUCCACACAUCCACCCCAAUCCACUGGACCCCAGACCCUCUGAACCCCCCCCCCCCCCGACACCUUCCCUCCACCUUUUUAGACUCUGACUUUUGAUAUGUUGUGGUCCGUAUUCAUACAACAGCUAUAUUCCUUCAUGUAGCCAUCAGAGAAGAGCAAGAGGAGGAGGAGGAGGAGGAUGAUGAUGAUGAAGACUACAAGGCCUAUGUGCGUUUAUCUUCAAUACUGGAUGGAUAGCCCCCCCAAUUGCCCCCCACCUCCACACACACGUUCGCUCAUGCCAGUCCCAAGGAACCACGUCCUUACUGUACAUGACGUGUAUGCUUAUUUAUUUAGAAACAAAAAGGAAGUAUAAAUAUAGUCCAGUCUGCUAGAUGUUUAUUUAUACUUUUUUUCGUGUUUUCUUAUUUAUACAUUUACAAUGUCAGGCUUAGAAUCUACCACUCAUUUUCUCCCUUUUUUGUUGUCAUCACGCUUUUUUUCUUUUCUUUUUUUUUAUUAUCAUGAAGAAAUAUAUUUGUCCAAAGAAACAGUGUUAUUUAUUUGUCACGUUACCAUGUAAGUAUGAGUCCUUGACAAAUGCUGUAAAUUGCAUUCCGCUUUCAUUCAACUGUAAAAAGACAAAAGAAAGAAAGAAUAAGAAAAUCUGCUUGUUACUGUCAAAUCUCUAUCACAGAUGUUUAUGUCACACCUACGUAAAUGCAUGUUUAGGCUGUGUGUUUAUUUAUUGGGAAUAUAUCAACUUUUUUUAAUGUACAGAUGUGUUUCUGGUUUGUUUACAGAUCAUAAUAAUAACUGACCAAAGGGAGUCUCUCAAUGUUUUUUUAAACAGAUGCAACUCAGCAGUAAUUACAAAUGGAAGAGAAAAAGAAAAAAGAGCCAUUUGAUUUUUUUUUUUCUCCUGUUUUUUAGUUGACUUUUAGGCCUUUUGCUUUGUCAGCGCUCUACGAUAGCAUUUAUAUUGUCGCAUUGGAACAACAAGAAAAAAAGAGGUACAUUUGGGAUGAUACUUGACGACUUUGGAAAUUAACACUUGUCUGCUGUUGUCUUUCCCCCAUGUCGAUCUUGCUCUUGCAGAGCUCCGAUAGGAUUAGCCAGCAUUUUAUUGCAGUAUUCAAUACAAUAUCACACUUUCUUUCUUUUUUUUCCUCAGAUUGCUUUUUUUUAUUUUCAAGCAUCAGCAAGAGAAAUACAAAAUUCUGUUAUGAAUAUAUAGUUUUGUAUUUUUUAUGUAAAUGUCAUAUAUAUGUACAUACAAAAAUGUUUGAGGGUAUUUGUACAGCUAUGAAGAGUAAAUCAAUAAAAGUUUUUUUUUCCUUAUA